UGGAUUGUUUGCCGUCGUUUCUCCGCGCUCGCUGGUCCUGGCACUGCCAGCGCAGCCGCAGCCGCAGCCGCCGCCGCCAUGGGGAAGCGACAGCAUCAGAAGGACAAGAUGUACAUUACCUGUGCCGAAUACACUCACUUCUAUGGUGGCAAGAAACCAGAUAUUCCACAAGCAAAUUUUCGUCGUUUACCUUUUGAUCACUGCAGUCUCUCUCUGCAGCCCUUCGUCUACCCAGUCUGCACCCCUGAAGGCGUCGUCUUUGACUUGCUUAACAUCGUCCCUUGGCUUAAGAAGUAUGGGACCAACCCCAGCAAUGGAGAGAAACUGGACGGGAGGUCCCUGAUCAAGCUGAACUUUGCAAAGAACAAGGAAGGAAAGUACCACUGCCCAGUGCUGUUCACCGUGUUCACCAACAACACCCACAUCGUAGCUGUCAGGACCACUGGUAACGUCUACACCUAUGAGGCAGUGGAGCAGCUAAAUAUCAAGGCCAAGAAUUUCCGAGACCUGCUGACGGACGAGCCCUUCUCUCGGCAGGACAUCAUCACCCUCCAGGACCCCACCAAUUUGGACAAAUUCAAUGUCUCCAGUUUCUUUCAUGUGAAGAAUAACCUAAAAAUAACAGAUCCUGACGAAGAAAAGGCCAGACAGGACCCAUCUUAUUAUUUGAAAAAUACGAACGCCGAGACCCGCGAGACACUGCAGGAGCUCUAUAAGGAGUUCAAAGGGGACGAGGUCCUGGCGGCCACCAUGAAGGUCCCCGAGAAGAAGAAAGUGGACAAGCUGAAUGCUGCGCACUAUUCCACUGGGAAGGUCAGCGCCUCCUUCACCUCCACCGCCAUGGUUCCGGAGACCACGCACGAAGCAGCUGCCAUCGACGAGGACGUACUGCGCUACCAGUUUGUGAAGAAGAAGGGCUACGUGCGGCUGCACACCAACAAGGGCGACCUCAACCUGGAGCUGCACUGCGACAUGACGCCAAAGACCUGUGAAAACUUCAUCAAGCUUUGCAAGAAGCAGUAUUACGACGGCACCAUCUUCCACAGAUCCAUCAGGAACUUUGUGAUCCAGGGGGGUGACCCCACCGGCACAGGCACAGGCGGGGAGUCGUACUGGGGAAAGCCCUUCAAAGACGAGUUCCGGCCCAACCUCUCGCACACGGGCCGGGGCAUCCUCAGCAUGGCCAACUCGGGGCCCAACGCCAACAAGUCUCAGUUCUUUAUCACCUUUCGCUCCUGCGCGUACCUCGACAAGAAGCACACCAUCUUCGGGCGGGUUGUUGGGGGCUUUGACACACUGACAGCCAUGGAGAACGUGGAGAGCGACCCCAAAACCGACCGCCCUAAGGAGGAGAUCCGCAUCGACUCCACCACGGUGUUUGUGGACCCCUACGAGGAGGCCGACGCUCAGAUUGCUGAGCAGCGCAAGAUGACGCAGCUCGAGGAGGCAGCCCCAGAAAGCACAGGAAAAACCCACCAGCCCAAGCCGGGGAGCCAGGGCCCCCAGACGUACCGCCAGGGGGUGGGCAAGUACAUCAAUCCAGCAGCCACGAAACGGGCAGCAGAGGAAGAGCCCUCCACCAGCACAGCUGUCCCUGUGGCCAAGAAGAAGCCCAGCCGAGGCUUUGGGGACUUCAGCUCAUGGUAGCAGCAGGUCGGCCCCUCUGGAGCCCCGGAGGGACUCAGGGCUGGGGGCCUGUGUCCACAUCACAGAGUUCUCUGCCCUUCCGACUACAGCUUACUAAAGCUCUUACUUGUUGCCCGAGUCCCCUUUCCUGGCCCUCGGAGUCCACGGGCCUUCCCAGCCUUCACUGGGUACAGUGGCCCCGGGCCGAGCCCGAGCCCACGUCUCAGACUGCCGGGCAUGGGCUGUUGCCCUUAGGCCUGCCUGCAGCCCGGCGGGGGAGGAAGGCAGAGUCUCCUGCCUCUGGCUCUCCUACCCUCCCCCAC